AUGUCUUCCCCUUUCCUCUCUACUCCUACUCUUUCCACCACUCGUCCUCCCAAUGUUGGCAUCCUUGCCAUGGAAAUGUGGUUCCCUAAACGCUGCAUCUCCGAAGAGGAAUUAGAAGUAUUCGAUGGCGUCUCCAAGGGGAAGUACACUAUUGGCCUUGGCCAAGAAUACAUGGCUUUCAGCGAUGACAGGGAGGACGUCAACUCGAUUGCUUUGACUGUUGUCUCCAGUUUGAUGGAGAAAUUCAACCUUGACCCGCAGUCCAUUGGUCGUUUGGAUGUUGGUACGGAGACCAUCAUUGACAAGAGCAAAGGAGUCAAGACCGUCCUCAUGGAUCUCUUCCCUAACAAUCCUGAUAUUGAGGGCAUCGACUCCAAGAAUGCCUGCUACGGCUCGACUGCCGCGUUGUUCAAUGCCAUUAAUUGGGUCGAAAGCUCUUCUUGGGAUGGACGCAAUGCUAUAGUAUUUGCUGGCGAUAUUGCAGUGUAUGCUGAGGGAAGUGCCAGACCUGUGGGUGGCGCGGGCGCCUGCGCUCUGCUCAUCGGCCCUAAUGCCCCUAUCGUUGUUGAACCCGUCCAUGGGACUUUCAUGGCCAACACGUACGAUUUCUACAAACCUCAACUUGCCUCAGAAUACCCUCAAGUCGAUGGACCCUUGACAAUCACUACUUACCUCCAAGCUCUUGACCAGUCAUACAUUGGUUACCGUGGGAAGGCUCAUCGCCUGCAAAAACUCAUCAACAAUGACGUUUCUGAUUCGAAACCUGACCCUCUCAUGUCUACGUUUGACUUCUCCCUUAUGCACUCACCUUAUGGGAAGCUUGUUCAAAAAGGUCACGCUAGAUUGUUCUAUAACGACUUUUUGAUCGACCCGAACAACUCUCUCUUCGCUAACCUCACCAACAAGGAAGAACUUCUUGCCCUCUCCUAUAAGCAAUCAUUGACUGACAAGUCGAUCGAAAAAACAUUCCUACCCAUUGCAAAGGACCUCUACAAGAAGGCUGUGGAACCCGGUCUCGCCUGCGCCAAACGAUGUGGUAAUAUGUACACGGGAUCCCUUUACGGCGGUUUUGCAUCUUUGCUCAGUCGUGUAGACUCGGACGUUCUUCAGGGGAAGCGAAUCUCGCUUUUCGCCUUCGGCAGCGGGUGUGCUGCGUCGUUCUUCUCUCUUAAGGUCGUGGGGUCUACACGGCACAUCUCGGAGAAGAUGGAUCUUCUGCGGAGGCUAGCAGAUAUGAAAGUCGUUCCUUGCGGGGAGUAUAUGGAUGCUAUGAAGCUUCGUGAGGCCAACCAUAAUGCUAAAGAGUAUGUUCCCACCGGUUCGCUUGAGAACUUAUGGCCUGGGUCGUAUUACCUUGAGAGGAUUGAUGACAAGUACCGCCGCAUUUAUUCGCGCACUUAG